AGAAGGUACGGUGGAACUUUACACUUUACAACCUCUUCCAAGUCAGCCUUUGCAAAUCUCCUUCCUUCACCUUUCGGACCACAAAAAAUUGUUGCGAUUACCUAAAUAAAGUCACUUGGUGAAGUUCUCUUGGGCUUAUCGGGGAUAAGUUACACGUUUUCGCGAAUCCACAUUCUAGUGUCGUUAUUUUUUAUUUUUUUUUAUUUUUUUAUUUUUUUUAAAAAAAAAGAAAAAGAAAAGAAGAAGAAAAAAAAAAACUUCAAAGGGUCCAAAAGUUGUACCUAAGUUAAGGCCCCCAAAAACUUGCCCCGCCAAAUAUUUUCCUACACUCAAGAACCAACCCACUUUAUAAUACCUCUACGAUAUACAUACCUACCUAUAGGUAAUCUCUACAGAGAAAAACAAGGCUAUCUGCUUCAUCUCAAUUCCUAUCUUUGAUAAUGGCAUCACCUGGCCCAGAUGCUGGUGGCGAGGAUGUAGAAUUGUACGAGCUUCUCGGCGUCGACAAGAAUGCGAGCCAAAAUGACAUAAAAAAAGCUUACCGAAAGCUCGCGCUCCAGCACCACCCCGACAAAGUUCCCGAAGAUCAGCGAGAAGAGUCUGAAGUCAAGUUCAAAUCCGUCACCCAAGCUUACGAGAUCCUUCGAGAUGAAGAGAAACGCUCCUUAUACGACAAGUAUGGCAUGGCCGCCUUCGACUCAUCAAGAGGAGGCGGCAUGGGGGGUGACGGCGUAGACAUCAACGAUAUACUUGCCCAGAUGUUUGGCAUGGGAAUGGGCGGUGGUAUGGGCGGUAUGGGAGGCUCUGGAGCAGGAGCUCCAAGGCCCAGGCGUGGCCCUAGUGAGGAAUCCAAGUACUCCGUCAGCUUGGAGGAUCUGUACAAGGGCAAGACUGUCAAGUUCGCAGCUAACAAGAACGUCGUCUGCGGAACAUGCAAAGGAACUGGUGGCAAGGAUAAGGUGAAACCCCAACAAUGCGAUCGCUGCAAGGGACACGGUAGGGUGGAGGCCUUCCGACAAGUUGGCCCUGGUCUGGUCACCCGCGAAACAGCCGUAUGCGAUAGAUGCCAGGGUUCUGGUAACUACUUCAAAGAGAAGGAUCGAUGUAAGAAGUGCAAAGGCAAGCGAACCGUCCCGGAGACGAAGCCUCUAGAGAUUUACAUUCCUCGAGGUUCGCGUCAAGGAGAUCGCAUCGUCCUAGAAGGCGAGGCCGACCAGCACCCCGACCAGACGCCAGGCAACCUCAUCUUUAUUCUCGAAGAAGAGUCACAUGAAGUUUUCAACCGGAUCGGAAACGAUCUUUCUGCCGACCUAAACAUCACCCUUGCCGAAUCCCUAUGUGGGUUUUCUCGCGUGGUCGUCCAACAUCUUGAUGGACGAGGCAUCCAUAUCAACCAUCCACGAGGAAAGGUCCUGCGCCCGGGGCAAGUACUCAAGGUAGCAGGAGAAGGCAUGCCGAUGAAGCGAGGAGACGCCAAAGGUGACCUAUAUCUCGUUGUCAAAGUCGAGUUUCCCGAAGACGGAUGGCUCAAGGAUGAUGCCGCCUACGACUCUCUUCAGAAGCUACUACCUGGUCCGCCGCCAGAGAUCAAGGCCGAGGAAGUUGACGAUGUUACAUACGAAGAUAAUGCCGAUAUUGACGAGAUGGGCGCCAAUUCUGGAGAUCCGCGAUUUGGAGACGGAUGGGAGGAUGAGGAUGAUGACGAAGGUGGCGGAGCACAGUGCGCCCAGCAGUAAUGAGUUAUGGUAAUAUGAGGUUCGAUUGGCGGAGACUGGAAGUAACAUAAAUGCAGAUUAGGGUUGGGAUAAAGCAUAAGGGAUUCCUCCAUCGUCUAAUUUGAUUUCAUGAUCGAGUCACAGAAAGGAGCGGAGAUAGGAUAGAUGGCGACGAGAAGAGUCCUAAGAGGCGUUUCCUCGUAGAGGGGGUUUAACGGUAUAUCCAGCAGGCUUUUACAACAAAGGUACUAGUUAACUAGGUAUAAAUCAGACUGAGAUGAAUUAAGUUGACCUAAUUUUGUAUGAAAUAAUGUAGGCUCGUAGCAGAGUUGGACCUUUAAAAGUACUUCGGUAGGUAAUAAUAUUUGUUGAAGCAAGAAAAAUGCUAGGACCUCUUUGGCCAAAAAAUACCUAGGUACCCAGUUAGUACUUCAAAACCUGCGAUGGAUCAUGGAGCAAGCCUGGCAUGGAUUUCCAUAGAACGGGCAUUGACGUGAGCAC